AGAAAACAAGUUUAUUCCAGUUUUAUACAUACAUACAUACAAAUUUUCAAAGUGUAAUAAAUUGGGUGUAUUCAUUGUGCUUACCAGAAGUUUUUCUCGGUGAUUCCAAGGAAAAACCUGAGAAUUUACGCAUUACCGUUUCUUACGGAAAUGAAUAAAGUAUCUUCUAUAAUUCCAAUAAGCCGGGGUAUAGGAGGACUUGAUUUAACACUGCCAAAUAAAGGUAAAGGUUCGGGAAUUCGAAAAAAAAGAAAACUAUUAAUUGAUAAAGGACGAUACAAAGACCUAUCGUUAUGGUCCUAUCCGAGAGCGGUGAAACACCCGCGAUCUCUUUGAAAGAGAUCAUGGAGGAGCAGAAGCAAGAGAGGCGAAGAAGAAUAAGAAAAGAACAGAAAAACCUUCAACCUGAAGUACCGAAAACCUUUACAAUACAAAACCUAAACUCCAAAUCGAAGGAAUAUAAAAAUAUUUAUGAAAGAUUACAUAAUAACAAAGGUUUUCGAGACAAAUUUCAAGUGUUUCGCAUAAAAAAGGUGACGAAUGAGGCACUUCUUGGUUUGUACAAGGCUAAAAGAAAAUCUAAAACAUAUAAAGAAAAUCUGUGUUUCCACGGAACUCCCAUAAGAAAUUUGAAAAGUAUCUUAACGAACAACUUCAACGUGUCCAAGUGCGAAAUUCGAAGAGGUAAAUUUGGUUGGGGAGUUAGCUUUGCAAAAUGUCCGUAUUAUGCAACUCAUUACAGUAAAAACAACUGUGACGAAUCGACAAGAGUUAUGAUCAUUGUCAAGGUGUUGAUAGGGAAAUCACACGAAGGAAACCACAAAUCAAUGAUGCCUGAGGAGGGGUACGAUACUACAACCAGCCCCGAUGGACAAGUAAUUGUUAAAUACGAAGAAAAUACUUUUUACCCUCAAUACGUCGUGUAUUUCGGAGAACGAGAUGAAAUUAACAAAGAAUAAUUUA